CUCUUCGUGUACGUCAAAGUGAAAACGAUUUCAAGACUUGUCGUCUCAGCAGUGUAGCAAAGUGGCAGCAGCAGCAGCAGCAAUCACAGAACACCCUCCAACAGAACAGAAAAGCAAUUAACAAAGCUCUAAGCAAUAGAAAUUGCAUAUGGCAGUAGCACCAGCAAAAGCUGUGCGGAUGUAAUGUUGUUUUGGAAGUUUUCCAUUCCCGAAGUCCCGUUGCCAAAAGCAGUGUAGCAGUUGCAUUGUUACGACAGUUGAGUUCGGUGCAUAGAACCUGGACCCGGGAGGACGACGGAACACCACCAACCUGCUUACUGGGGCUGCAUCGAAGUAGGUGCAGUGAAAAGUGAUUUCUUGGUCCACACAACAGACACACACACACACACACUCACUGACAGACACUGCAACGCGGUGUGCUGCGAGGGGCCAGGAGCGGACUGGUACGGGGGCCGGAGGAAAGACGGCGGCCACAAGACGUUUCGGGAAGAAGGUGCCCGAGUGAAGUAGUAGUAGGCUGCGCGAAACCAUCACCAUUGUAUGUGUGUGUGCGUGCGGAGACGAGCAAAGUGUGUGCUGGGAAGUGGAAUCCUUCGCACCAGUCGUGGUUUAGAUUACUUUUCCUUUUUUGAGUUUGAAUGGUGUCCGCGAUAGAAACUCAAAAUUGAUUGCCUUCGGAAACCGAUUGGCGGCGGCUCUUCGGCAAGGUCCUGCUCGUCCUCGUCGUCGGACGAAGACCUCAAUGAACGACCACCACCACCGUCAGCAGCAGCAGCAGCAGCGCAGCGGAGGAAGUACUCGUACCAGCCGACGCAGCAAGACUUGCCCUCGCCGCCGGUCGACAGUAUCGGGCUUGUCGUCGCUGUCGUAGACGGUCCGCAGGAGCAGCAGCAGCAGCAACGCACAGUCGGCAGGGGUUUCGCGGUGGCCGCCGAACAGCCGCAGGAGCAUCAGCAGCGACCAGCACUUGCAGCCGAGGAGGACGAGGAGCAGCAAGGCGAGGAACGGCAGCUAGCGGCUCCGCACGCCCAUCGUUCUCGCCCGGCUGUGGCCGAACGGGAGAAGGAGGAACGGGAGGGCGACGACGGUCGUCGUCCUGCUGCUGCUGUCGCCACCCCCACAGCUAGUCGUCGCCGGUCGCGCGCCGUCCUCGUGCCAGCUGCCGGCGGAAGUGGGGGCCGAAGCGGAGAAGGCGGUAGUGAGGAAGGUGCCGGCAGUAGUAGUAGUAGUAGUGUCGGAGGAUCGAAGCGUCGCAGCACCAGAGCGUCCGCAGCGCAGCGUCACAGCAGUAGCGUCACAGCAGCGGCGGCUCCCGUGGACAGUGGUGAGGCAGUGCACCGUCAGCCCGACGAUACUGGCACGGUGAGCCGGCCAGCACGCUCGUCGUCCUCAGCUCCAGCCACUUCGAGCUCGUCCGGCGGCGCUGCGCCGACGUCGUUGCUGCGUCAGCACGGCUCGGGUGGUACGAGCGGCGGCCAUUCACUUCACCAGCAACCUAAUCGGUCCGCACGCGCGUUAGACACUGCCACCGAUAGCAACAAAGACUCGGUGCAUCGCGCAGCCGGCGACCAAGGCGACGACGACGACGACGACGAAGAAGACGGGGAGAAACCGGCGACAGAACAGCACGGUGCAGUAGUGGAGGAGGCGGGCAACCGUUACUCUAUCGCUGUGAGUAGCGAGCAACAGCAGCAGCAGCGUAGUGACGACGACGACAACAACGACUGCAGUCCACGCUCGAAGCGCCGUCGAAAGAUGCUGAACGAUAACGUCGGCAGUGGUGGUGGUGGUGGUGGUGGUAAUCAGAACGGGGCGGCACCGGGUGGAGGCACCUCCGCCUCAACCGCUUCCCCGAUGGACGCAUCAAACUGUGAUCAAAAUGGUCACACCGUGGCCAACAGCAGCAGCAGCAGCAGCAGCAGUAGUAAUAGUAAUAAUGCCACCGUUAGCAAUAGCAACAACAACCCGGCCGAGAACGAUAACGGCAUGGGCAACAGCAGCAACGGACUGACCACGAACGGUGAGGCCGGUGGCGGCGGCGGUGGCUCAUCGCGCCCAUCGCCCGCCCACCGCACGGUGAAGCUGGACCGCACCAACCAGGACAUCGUGCGGCUGAUCGGGCAGCACCUGAAGGACAUUGGGCUGGAGCGCAGCGCCGAGAUGCUGAUGCAGGAGGCGGGCUGCUGCCUGGAGCAUCCGGCCGCGUCCAAGUUCCGCAUCCACGUGCUGUCCGGCGACUGGAACAAGGCCGACCACGACCUGCAGGAGCUCCAGUCGCUGGUGGACAUCCGGAGCGACCGGGCCAGCCUGAACGAGAUGAAGUUUCUGCUGCUCGAGCAGAAGUACCUCGAGUAUCUGGAGGAGGGCCGCCCGAUCGAUGCGCUGCACGUGCUGCGCAACGAGCUGACGCCGCUGCAGCACAAGACGCCCCGCGUCCACCAGCUGUCCUCGUACAUGAUGUGCACGAACAAUGCGGAGCUGUACGCGCGGGCCGGCUGGGAGGGCAAGGGGCCGAAGUCGCGCACCCGGCUGAUGGACCGGCUGCAGUCGUACCUGCCGGCGACGGUGAUGCUGCCCCCGCGGCGGCUCCGCUCCCUGCUGGUGCAGGCGGUGGAGCUGCAGAACGACCGCUGCCAGUGCCACGACAUGACGUGGAGCACCAGCAUCGACAGCGUGUCCCUGCUCGUCGACCACAACUGCAGUGCGGACGGGUUCCCGCUCCAGCCGCUGCAGGUACUGAACGACCACUCGGACGAGGUGUGGUUCUGCAAGUUCUCGCCCGACGGGCGCCGGCUAGCGACGGGCUCGAAGGACAACAGCGUGAUCGUGUGGGAGGUCGAUCCGGUGAAGCUGCUGCUGCGCAACAAGCGCUCCUUCGAGGGGCACACGUACGGCGUGUCGUACAUUGCCUGGAGCCCGGACUCGAAGCACUUCAUUGCGUGCGGGCCGGACGACUGCCCGGACCUGUGGAUCUGGGACGUGGAGCAGGAAAAGCUGGUGACCAAGUUUUCCCACUCGACCGACGACAGCCUCACCUGUGCGGCGUUCAACCGGGACGGCACGCGGUUCGUGACCGGCGGCACCCGCGGCCAGUUCUAUCUGGUCGAUCUCGACGGCAUCCUGCACGACAACUGGGAGGGGGUGCGCGUCAACGGGCUGUCCUUCCUGUCCGACAACAAGACGGUGCUGGCGGCCGACACGCACUACCGGAUACGGGGGUACAGCUUCGACAAUCCACGCACCGACUACGGCAUCGUGCAGGAGCAGUGCCCGAUCAUGACGUUCUCGGUGAACUCGGCCGACCGGCUCGCCCUGCUCAACAUCUCUUCCCAGGGGCUGCACCUGUGGGACCUGCAGGACAAGUGUCUGGUGCGCCGGUUCCAGGGCGUCACGCAGGGCAACUACACGAUCUACUCGUGCUUCGGCGGCGUGAACGAAAGCUUCGUCGCGAGCGGCAGCGAAGACAACAAGGUGUACAUCUGGCACAUCCGCCGGGAGGAACCGCUGGCGACGCUGAUCGGGCACACGCGCACGGUCAACUGUGUCAGCUGGAACCCGGUCUACCCGGCGCUGCUGGCGUCCGCGUCCGACGAUGGGACGGUGCGGAUCUGGGGCCCCCAGCAACCGCCGACCCAGUGGACGGCGAACGGUAGCGGUGUGGCCAACACGCUCCAGCACCAUCCGCAGGUGCACACGAACGGUAGCGGUGGUGGUGUGGGUGGUGCCGCCGACAGUGCCUCGAUCAGCUCGACCGGUUCCGCCACCUCGACGUCCUCCUCCACCUCAUCCUCAAGCGGUGGCGGUGGUGGUGGUGGCGGUUCUGGCCAUCCGCCCAACGUAGGAGGAGGAGCCGGAGGACCCGGUGGCAGUAUCGAAGUGCUAUCGACAUCGUCCUGGAAUAUCACAUAAUGUUAGAUAUUUAAUGAACCCCAAUCACCCCCCCCUCCCAGGUCUCAAGAGCGUUUAGCGUUUAAGGAACGAAGAACGGUUGUCCACCAUCGCCCCACACACCGCCUGCUGCACCCACAAAGCCGCCAUCAUGCAGCAACAAUGAGAAGCGCUUGUGUUCCCGCGUGUGUGUGUGUGUAUGUGGUGCGUGUGAUUCAUUACAUUGCUACUGCUGCUGCUGUUGCGCUUCUCGGUCGCCUGCAUCGGUCACCAUGUGCACGUUGUUGUUGCUGGGCGCGUGAAAGGCGCCAACUGUAAACAGGAAAGGAAGGAACGGUGGUGGUGGUAGUGGUGCAAUAAAGCGCUUAGAUCGACGAUCAAAGACGGCUGCUGCUGCCUGCCUUCCUUGCAUUCGUUAAAGGUCGGCAGUUUCAAAUUCGAUAGGGGCAAUAGUGUGUGUGUGUGUGUGCGUAUUGUAAGUGGCGCGAAAUGGAAAACAUACCACAGAAUGUAUGAAGCUUAGAACCACACCAUACACACGAGAAACAAAACACAAAAACCUUAGACAUUAAACGGUAGUUUUAAUAAUCGAACGAAUAUAAGAAAAAGCUUGCAGAGGAGGGAAGAGAUAACAGAACACGAAACCAUAUAAUCGCAAUAGUAAAGGAUAGCGGCACUGUGUGUGUAAGAAGAGGUUAAUAAAAUGCAAGUUGAUGUUGAACAAAAAAAAAAUAAUACAACCGAGCGAGAAAGAGAGAGAGAGAGCGAAAGAUGUGUUAAGCGUUAAGAGAGCGUUUCCUAAGAGAGCGUUCGCUAUAACCACACCGAUAGACGAUUGUAAAACUUUGUAAUGCGCUAGAGAGUGAGAAGCAAUCCCGAUCGAUUCGCACACCCGUAGCAAAUAAUGCAGACAUAUGAUUCAAAAACUUCUCAGCAGAGAAGCAUAUUGGAACGAAUGAAGAAAGAUCUAAACACCCGAAUAUACUAAGUGAACGAUGGAAACAGUUUGUUUGUGAGCGCUGGGGCGGGCGUGUUGAAUGUUUCAUUCGAUUCGAUCUGAAUCGAAGCAAGCAAUGGAUGAUGAGAACCGGGGCUGUCAUCAUUGUCAUCAUCGUCACCGGCAGCAGCAGUAGCAGUAGCAGCAACAACAUCAGCGGAGCAUCAUUUGGUUUAUUAGCGAUUGGCUUAGAUUAAUUAUGUAAGGUAAAAAACACAAAACUGUGUCCGCGAUUAUUCGAUGCUAGAUACCACCGCCGCCAGAAUGAACGCCGCGUUUAAUAAAGCAGGAGAAAAUUGCACCGCACGAAAGGGGGGAUGGAAGCAGGCGAAAGCAACGUGAAUAUUUAAGUAGCAAGAGGCAAGUGGGUGCGUGUGUGCAUCGCGCUGUGCAGUUGUCUGCCCGGGGAGAAGGUAAUAAGAUACGGCACAAAUGGUACGCGAGACAACACCGUUUUGUAGAAUGGUUUAGAAUGCAUGCAACGGUUUUUUUUAAUGUUUAGAAGGCUGAAGCGAAGAAGCAGAAGGGAUCCUCCUUAUCUGGUUAAGCAAAAACGAAGGAAACCCUUGCUAGAACACGUUACAAAAACAACAAAAAAACAAAUUAAAUUAUACAUUGUGACUUACACAAAACAAAUGCGGCUGAGAUUGUGUUUUAAGUGUCGUUCUUUUACAUUAUACCGUGCAGCAGAAGAUAAAAAAAAUUGGUCCAAUUCGUGUUUUUUUCCUUCUUUUUCAUCCCAGCCGGUUUGUUGCUACUAACUGAAUGAGGUAAAAUAAAAACGAACGUGCGAAUCAGA